UCGCCCCAGCCGGGCUUCCCUCAGUCCGCGGCUGGAGUCCCCUUCCCCUCUCCCGCCUGCGAGUACUCUCCUCCCGGGCUGCCUCACCUCGGCUGCCGGCCCGUCCCCGCCCCUGGGCGGGCUAUGUCCCUGGCGGGCGGGUUCUGCGGACACGGACGGGGGCGGGCGGCUGGGGCUGGGGCUGGCCUCCGAGCGGGGAUACAGCCCGCGUCCCCCACCACCGCUUUCCCUGCCCCGCGACCCCGGGGCUGCCCUCCUCUCCCUUUCCCGCUCCCUUGGGACCAGCUCAGUGGUGUGGGCGUUGCUCCCCGGGCUGAGAGCCUCCGGCUGUGAACCCCAGCUUCUCCUGGUGGAGUCGGGAAAAGGGAGCGUCAGUGCUGAGCGAGCUUCCUUCUCCUCCCUUAGUGUUUCUGCCCCAGAGCCUGGCCCAUGGGAAGUCCUCUUUAAUUGUUGGGUUUGUGAAUGAUGAGAUUCUAUACAUCGUUAGUUGCAACUGAAGCCUUUCACAGAAGAGAAAAUAAACUCACUGAAGCCAAGUGACUCUCUGAUGGUCAGAAAGAGUGACAGCCAGUGCUGGAGUGACCCGGUGGACUUGGUGUUUGUAACCAGAUUUCUCCAGCACCUACAGCUAAGGGGAUCAGAGUAUUCUUUUAUUUUUUCUAAAUGGCGUUGCUUUUAUUUUUACUUAUUUUUUAAAAUUAUUUUUUAUUGAAGUGUAGUCAAUUUAGAAUGUUAGUUUCAGAAGUACAGCAGAGAUUCAGUUAUAAACAUAUGCAUAUGUAUCUACAUAUGUUUUAGAUUAUUUUUAGUACAACUCAUUACAAGGAAUUGAAUAUAGUUCCCUGUGAUAUAUAGUAGGUCCUUGUCAUUUAUUUUAUAUUUAUUAAUGUGUAUCUGUUAAUCCCCCUUUUCCUGCCUGCUAACCACAGUUUGCUUUCUAUGUCCAUGAGUCUAUUUCUAGCAGCACCGUUUUUGCUAGUAAUAUAUGCUGGUUGGCUGCUUUCAGUUUCAGUAAUUCCACCUUAUCUGUGGGCAUUUUCCUUCUGGUGGGAAUGUGUGUGUUUUGCACACGUGAUAUAAGAGUUGUGUAUUUGGGAGAACUCCAGGACUCGUGUAGUGCCUGGUACAGAGUGCCCACUGAGCUGAUGCUUGAACUGGGAAAAAAACAUAGUAAAUGUUGGAAUUUCCACUAUGGUUGAAACUUCCAGGCUUAUUUAACCUGUUUAGCCCACCUUAAUGUUGGCUGCACCCAUACUGGGUAAUUUGGUGGAACUUCAUGUUAUAGUGGUGUAGAGACGGGGCCUUGUAUGCUUCUUCUCUUUCCGUUUUCUAAGAGUCAUUCUCCUGGGCCUUCCAGAUCCUCCCCCAGAAGUGCCCAAGGCUGGCUUGGUGCUGCGCUGAGGCAAUAUUUGUUAAUAAGGCCAUUUCCUCAUCUCUUCUGAGCCUCCGUUUCCUUCUCUACACAAUGAAGACUUAGACUAGAAAAGUGCUUUUCAGUUUCUUUUAAGCCAUGUUUCCUUUGAGAAACAGAAAAUACAAAUCUCUACUCCCAUUCAACAUGUAGAUUUUGACACAUCCUCCAAGGAGUGACAUAGCUCUUUGUGGAAAAUUGAAGUGAUUGUGAUUCCAGGUGGCACAGAAAAGACUCUUCAGACAUUUAUUGCAGGGAGAGGGCAGUAAAGGGGCAGUAUAUCCCACUUUCUAGUGUGAGCACUGGAACAGGGGCUUGGGUUUAUAUACAGUGUCCGACGUGGCCUCUCUCUAAUCUUUUUUUUUUUUUUUUUGCCUCUCUCUAAUCUUGCACAACGUGAUAAACCUCUCUCCCUCAGUUUCUUAAUGCGUCAAGUUGGGGUGAUAAUAGUUUAAGUCUUUUGUGAAACAUUAUACACAUAAGACAUUUAUUUCUCGGUAGAAACAAAUCCUGCGAGAGAAUCAGGGAUUUCUUUAAAAAGAAAAAAAAUCUUGUCCACAGCACUCUGUCUGUGUCUAUUUUGAAGUUCCUUGAGGGUGAGUGUUGGGUCUAAAGUCCAUCGUGGGACAGGUGGCCCAUGGGUCUGUGUGCCGCAGAUUGCCCCCUCCUCCCCAGUCCUCUUCCUCUCAGUCCAGGAUGAAGUUCCCUAGUAGAUUUACACAGAGAUCUUGUGGAAAUGGCUUUUCAUUUUAUUGUUUCACGAAGAAGGGCUGCCAUCAUGAUCUCUGUAGUCAGCUUUUGGUGACCUGAAGGCUAUGCAAUUACGUUUUUCUAUUUAAUAAAAAGAAAAAAAAUUACAAGUACAAAAUUAGACCUACGGCGGUGGCAGGGGCUCUUGAAAGUGGGGACCAUUAGCUUUGUUAGUUUCAGGUGCAGGGGCCUCUGGCCAUGAGGACACAUCAUCGUGCUCUGAAGUUGGAGGGACCAGUGGGCUCAGUGGGAAUGUUUACUGAGUGUAUCUCAUGGGCUGGGCAUUGACCUAUUUGUACUGUGUGUUCCUUAUUUGAGACAGUGAGCUCAUUUAACCUCAAUAGCCUCUUUAACAAAUUAGACUUUUUAUUUUGAGAUAUAUUGUAGAUUCCCAUGUAGUUGUAAGAGAUAAUAUGGAGAGGGCCUACGGACUUUUUGCCCAAGUUUCUUUAAAGGUUCCAUCUUGCAAAGUUGGGAUACAAUUCAGUAAUGACUCACUAACUCUUUGAGGUUUGUGUUAUUGCCCUCAUUUCUAUUCAUGAUUAAACUGGGGUUAAGAGGAGCACACAGGCCUGCCCAGGUCACCCAUGGUUAGUGUAGAGUCGGGUGAAACGUGGGCUUGGGAUUUCCAGGCAGUACCAUCAUGAUGCUCUGUGGCAGGGAGCAGCAUUCACUUUGCUUGUUUAUUCAUUCAUUCAGCAAACAUUUAUUGAGUAAACUCUGUGGGUCAGAUGCUAUCAUAGGUUUAUCUGAUUCUUCAGCAGUAUGGAGAAUCCGGUAAUGUUUCCUUCUUUUUUUUAAUCUGAGAAAAUUAGCUCUGAGAGGUUAUAUACCCCCCAAAGGAAAUAUAGCACAUAAAUGAGGGAUAGUAAAUUUGUACAGAUACUUCUUCUUAUGCAGGUGUUACCCUAGUUAUUUUACACUUGUAAACUUCCAUAAUCCAGAUAUAUUCUUGUAAGGCAAGGAUUUUUUUUUUUAAUUGAAGUAUACUCAUGUUUACAAUGUUGUGUCAAUUGCAAGGUGUUUUAUUUUUUCUUGAAUUUGGAAUUCAAAAAAUAUUUUUUGAGGGGAUUAAAUAGGUUUAUUUAUUUGUUUCAUUAUUUUUAAAAUGAGGUACUGAGGAUUCAACCCAGGACCUCAUACAUGCUAAGCAUGUGCUCUACCACUGAACUGUACCCUCCUCCCCAAAGCAAGUUUUCUUAUCAAGUAUUCUGCAGCUUAAGAGUUCAAAUAAAUUGGAGUUGAAAUCCAGGACUUUUGAUCCUACUGUGUUUCUUUGCAUUAUAUCCUGCUGAGGGGUGUGGAAGCAGUUCCUUUAUUCAUUCCUUUAUUCAGCAGUUUUGAGCACUGACUUUGCAUCAGGGCAUGGCUAGGUGCUUGGAAACAGAAAACAAGAAAUGACCCUUUUCUGCAGAGGGCGGAAGCCUAGACCAAAAGCUGCGUAAUGUGAUCCGAGCUGCGGUAGCCAUGUGCAGACGCUGAGGACAAACUGUACCCCCGGCUUUGCUUGGGCUUCCCCUGCCUUCUGAAUGGUACACACCAGGUCACCGCAACCCAGUGAGGCCCGCAGCCCGCAGCACAGUAUGUACCUCGGUCUCCUCUUCCCUCUCGUCAGGGCCUGCAACAUGAACAUCCCUGACUACGUGCAGUGUGCUGAGGACCACCAGACUCUCCCCGUGGUGGUCCAACCCGUGGGGAUCAUCUCAGAGCAGAAUUUGUUGUGCAUCUAUAAGCGAAUCUCCUUGGUGAGGCAGAUCAGCCCGUGCGGCUGGCAGUGGGCACCCUGUAUCCACUACAGUCACCACUAUGCGCCCGAGAAUGGGUGGAGCGACUUCCAGACCCACCGCAAGGUCGUGGGCCUUGUCACCAUUACCGACUGCCUCUUGGCCAAGACGUUCGAGAAGCUCCACGUGCAGAAGAGGUGUAUGGCACCACGCUUUAUGACUCUCGGCUUUUUGUCUUUGUGCUGCAUGGGGAGGUGGCCGAGCAGCCGCGCACCGACGUGGCCUUCAAUUUACGAGGACUGCAGGGUGGUGGAGAAGAGGAUCGAGGACUUCACUGAGUCUCUCUUCAUCAUGCUCAAGUCCAAGUGGCUGGACUGUGCAUCCGACAAGACUGGGGAUAAGAUCUUCCUUCUCUACAUCCUGUUUGAGAAGGAGGACUUUGUGGGAUUGGACACAGAGAGCAGGAAAGUCUACCUGGAUGCCCGGCCACCCUGGCUAUAUGAAGGGUUGCUUCCCUACAUCCAGAAAGGGAUCAGCAAGGAGGAGGGCUGUCUUGUAGCCAAGGCGUGAGGGAGGAGCAACCCGCCGGUUUUCAGACGUUUAAAAGUGAAUCCGCCUUUGUUUCAGAGAGAUUCUUUUAGGGUUAUUAUGGACACUUACUCCCGCUUUUCAGCCAAUUACCCUGGUGUGACCCCUGGAGUUGCUGUCCAAUAGAGUAGCCAAAGCCACUGAUGCUAGGAGAGCUGGGGAGGAGGCUGCUCUGAGCUGAGAUGUGCUCUAGGUCAAAUGCACAUCAGACGCUGAGACUUGUCUAGUAAAAAGAAUGUAAACUAUCUUGUUACUUUCUUUAUUGAUUACAUGUCAAAAUGAUAGUAUUUUACAUACUGUAGAAUAAGUAAGAUAUGUUCUUAAAAUCAGUUUCUAGGGUUUUUUUUGGGGGGGUUACCUCUUUAAAUGUGGCAACUGGGAAACUUUCUUUACACGGCUCACAUUUCAUUCCUGUUGGACAGCCUCUCCUGGGACAGUCUCAUCCCUUUGCUUAUAGAUGUCACGCUGAAUCCUGAGGUGCAGAAUGAGGCGCUGGUUGAGCUGGGGGUGGAGCCAGUGUCUCCUGCUUCCCAGGUCCAGCACCUGCACGACUCAGGCCCUCUAUCCCUGCCUGACAACCACCAUGCCAAUUAAGGACAACAGAAACACUGCCAGGGGCUUCCAAAUGAGCUCCUUACGCAGGGAAAGGCGUGUCACGGAGUAUGGGGCACAGCAGGGAAAGAUUCGUCCUCACUUUAUCCCUGUGAUUAAGUCAACGGACCCACUUUGCCUUGGAAGUUCAGACGAGCUCUUCUGGGCUGCCUACCCCCCCAUCUUCUGCUCUGUUUCCCUGUGUAUCUAUCGAGAUGUCCCUUGGGCAAAGAGGGUGAAAUGCCUUUGCCGAGAGGUGGUCCCCCUUUGCUGGGGAGAUUGUGAGAAUCUGUGUCCCCCCGGCCUACGGCCUCGGGCCUUGACUCUGGAGAGGGCUCAUGGCGGUCCCACAGGUGACGGUCGGAGGACCUGGCACGUGCUGCCGGGCCCAUUGUGGAGGAGGUGUUCUGCGAUUAUCUGUGAGUCUAAAAUCAGAUUCUACUUUCUGGUUUUUGGUAAGUUGGAGGAGAAGAUGCCAGAGAAUUGAUAAAAAGAUAGUCCAGACCAGUCCUGUGAGUGACAGGCACAGGGGACCCGAGUCCCACCUGCUUGUGGUGCCUGGCGGGCUCUGGAUGAAUUUUCACUUCCUACCUGGACAUACCUCUAUGGCUUAAGGAAGGGGCGAGGCAUGUCGUGGCCAUGACCUGUACUUGUCCUCGCAGGGCCCUGUGAUCUACACGGCUUUCUCCCCUUCUGCUUCUUGUAGAUGAGUUGGCAGAUGUAGUGGUCUGGGCAAAGCUGAGAGCACAGUUGCCAGCACCGUGCCACUCCCAGGCUGGCUCCAUUCCCGUCACCUGUCACCUCCUGCUCAGUCCCCAGGUGUCAGUCAAUGUAGGUGCAUCGGUGCAACGUAAGCAGGGACCACCAUCUACCCCUGCACAGAAUGCUGGGUGAGCAGUGGAAGCCUGGAGCCCUGCCUCAGCCCCCUGGCCAGUGCCUCCUCUUUUGUCACAGGAGGCACUGGUGACAUGUUUGCUCAGCAACUGCUUUGCUCUGAGUCUGCAGACCCACCAGAGUAUGCCAGCUUGUUUUUGCCUGUUGAAGUGUGUCCUUGGGAUUUGGCGGAGUAGCUGGUUGUGUGCUUAGCCCAUAGUGGUUGACACAGUCACCAUUGUUUACCCAGAACCUCGUGUACCAGGCAUGGCUCUCGGCAUCAAAAUACAGCAGCGCAUUAAACCUCCCUCCUGGUGGGUCUGUCUGUUUUGGUACCGUAAGGGCUCAGCCAGCAUCUGAACGUCAGUGAGAUAACGCGGCCAGUGAGCUCGGGUCAAGUACGCUCUCCUCCAGUCACUUUUACUCCAUUGUUGCUUUUACUAUUCCACAGUCAUUACUUUUUUA